AUGAAACCCGCCACUCUCCUCCUCGCGCUCUGCGCACACUUCCUUCCCUCGGCCGCUGCAAUCACAGACCAAACAGACACAGCAACAAUUUACAUCCAACCCCUCCUCUCCGCCUCCGCAUACCCACUAGCAAGUAUAUCGUACAACCCCUCUACUCUCUCCGCCUCCCUCUCAUCCUACGAUCCUCCUACCGAUCUCCUUCCCGAGAUAUCCUCAUCUCCAGAAUCGGACUCCCGUAACCCCAAUGAAAAUCUCGCUCGCAUAGGCAUCUUCGAUCCUGCCACCGCUGUCUUCAAAAGCUCCACUUCUCUUCUUUCCUUGUCGAAUUUCGAAAAGGGUUAUAGACCGACUAUUCUUUUGACAUUGGAUUCACAGGGUGCGGUGUUGGGCGUUACGAUUAAGAGUGGUGUUAUAGAUGCGGGUGCUACAAGGGACUUUGCGCCGAAAGUCGAGAUUAGACGGAUGGUUGAGGGGAAGGAACCUGUCUUGGGCCCUAAGGUUGUUUUGAGUAAGGAGGGAAAGCUGGAGAAGGAGGUGCCGGAGAAGACGUUUUUACAGAAGUAUUGGUGGGUUCUUUUGGGAGCAGCGAUGUUAACAAUGACUGCGGGAGGAUCCGAGUAA